UUUUUUUGGGAAGAGUGAGAGAAGACCAUCAUUUAAUUUUUUUUUUAUUUUAGAAAGCGGCAUACAGAAAAUCCUAAUAUUCAUAAUAUGCCAUAUAAACGAAGUAGAGAUCAAAAACGAUGGAAAAACCAUGCAAAAAAACAAAUUUCCAAGGAAGAAACAGCUGAACGUAUGCGGAAAUGGAGAGCUGCCAAUAGAGACAAAAAUAAGCGUAAUGACCUUAGAUGUCGAGUCUAUAGAUUAGCCAGACAGAAAUUUGGGGAUGAUGAUUAUCUUGAGAAGCAAAUUUUUAUUCAAGAUCAAAUUAAUCGUCGAUUAGGACGACAACGCUCACUGAUGGAGAAAGCAGCCAAUUUGUUGAAUUCAUCUUCAACAACAGAUCCAGGUUUACCUUCUUUGUCAUCAUCACCAUCAUCAUCCAUAUCAUCAUCACCUUCAUCAUCACCAUCAUCAUCAUCAUCAUCAAGGAGAUUACAUCCCAAUUUCUAUUGUCAAGAAAAAUUGUUACCCUUUUACAAUGCCCCGCAUGAUCAAAUUGUAUUGCCGACAAUAGCAUCUUUUCGUCCAACAUACUUCGACAAGUUAAAUAAGAAGCCUACUUUCUUUCCUUUGUUGAUGAUUAAUCUACCUCCAAUUCAAUCAACUAAUUAUCAUAAUCAUAAACCUUUUUCUAUUUUACCUCCUUUACUUUUACAACCUAAUCCUAUCACUGUUCAUUAUCCUUCUCUUCCAUUGAAACUUUGACCAAUGAAUAAAAAA